AUGAAAGCAGAAACGGUUACACUUGUGCUGGUGAAUCUAGCUGGAAUAAUGGAAAAGGCGGACGAGUCAUUACUUCCCGGUGUUUACAAAGAAGUCGGUGCGGAUCUUCAUACCGACCCAACCGGACUCGGUACGCUCACUCUCUUCCGAUCCAUUGUUCAAUCUGGUUGUUAUCCAAUUGCCGCGUACCUCGCCACGCGCCAUAAUCGUGCUCAUGUUAUCGCUCUCGGGGCUUUUCUUUGGGCUGCCGCUACUUUCCUUGUUGCUUUCUCCUCUUCUUUCUUUCAGGUAGCGGUGUCGCGGGGAUUAAAUGGGAUUGGUCUCGCACUUGUAACUCCUGCAAUUCAGUCCCUUGUCGCAGACUCUACUGAUGAUAACAAUCGUGGUAUGGCUUUUGGAUGGCUUCAACUAACCGGUAACAUUGGUUCGGUUGUUGGUGGCCUCUUCUCACUUUUGAUAGCUCCAAUGACAAUUUUUGGUAUCCCUGGUUGGAGAGUUUCAUUUCAUGUUGUUGGGUUAAUAAGUAUUAUAGUUGGUACCUUGGUAUACAUCUUUGCCAAAGAUCCGCAUUUCGAAGAUAAAGGCACACUUACAAAUAAUAGCAAUUCAGUUCAAAAGGAAACAUUUUGGUCUGGUGUAAGAGCCUUGAUUCAGGAAGCCAAAUCUGUUUCUAGGAUUUCAUCUUUCCAGAUCAUUGUAGCACAAGGUGUCACUGGCUCGUUUCCUUGGUCAGCUUUAUCGUUUGCGCCAAUGUGGUUAGAAUUGACUGGUUUCUCCCAUGGGAAAACUGCUUUCCUUAUAGCUCUGUUUGUGGUUGCAAGUUCUCUUGGGGGUUUGUUUGGAGGAAAGAUGGGGGAUGUCCUUUCCCGGCAUCUUCCAAAUUCGGGGAGGAUAAUUCUAGCGCAGAUAAGCUCUGGAUCCGCAAUUCCACUAGCUGCGAUUCUUUUGUUGGGUUUACCAGACGAUCCAUCUACAACAUUGUCACAUGGUUUGCUGCUAAUCAUUAUGGGAUUCUCUAUAUCUUGGAAUGGUUCUGCUACAAAUAAUCCAAUUUUUGCAGAGAUAGUUCCAGAGAGAUCCCGAACAAGUGUAUACGCAUUGGACCGGUCUUUCGAGUCUAUACUAUCAUCUUUUGCUCCCCCUGCAGUGGGGAUUUUGGCACAACAUGUUUACGGGUAUCAGCCCAUUCCUGAAGGCUCUAGCGAAUCUCAAGAGAUUUUAACAGACAGAGAGAAUGCUGCAUCAUUGGCAAAAUCUCUUUACACAGCAAUAGGAAUUCCAAUGGCUCUGUGCUGUUUAAUCUACACAUUUCUUUAUAAGACCUAUCCGAGAGAUCGGGAACGAGCUAGGAUGGGUGCUUUAAUAGAAUCAGAGAUGAAAGAUAUUGAAUUGGAUGGCUUACUCGUGGAUAAGUCCGAGGAAAUGUAUAUUGGAGAUUAUGAUGGUGAUGGUGUUGAUCUUGAUGAUGAAGAGCAUGUAUUUCUCUAA